AUGGCAGCCUUGGCGAUGUCUCUGGUAAUGGUGACCUCGCCCUCCUAUCUCGACGACCCCAUCCCGCCGGCCAACUACGGCCCCCUGCGGACGAACCUUAUUAACUGCGCCGUCGACUAG